AUGGCUGUUAGGGGCCGACCGGGUCGUAUUGGCACUGUUAAAUUCACCCCCCACUCCUUACUAUCACACGCUUUCGAGUUACGCGUCUUUCGAAACCAAGAUAGAUUUAUCUCCCGUUUUACUGCUUUCUCCGCUCUCCUUUCACUUUCUUUUCUUGUCUUCUUUCCCUUCUCUGAACCUCGUCAAUUUCCUCUAGAGAUUUCAUACCAACAAAUCACAUCCGUUAUCUUUUUUAGUUCGAUAUGUCUCAGGUGGUCUAAAUACGCAAGGAUUUAUUAUUCUAUCUCUCUGUUGAGAACUCUCGCUUCACUUUUUUUCAUCAUCUAUCUUUCUUUCUUUUCUUUUUUUCUUUCGUUUCUUUCUUUUUUUCUAUCAUUCAUUCAAUCUAGCUUUCUUUCUGAUUCUGCUUUCUUUAUAUUUCUUCCUAAACUAUGGUUAUUCUUUUACAUUUGUUCUUUUUUUCUUACUUUCAUUUUCUUCUGUUUUUCACAUACGUUUCCUCAUAUUUCUUGCAUACUUAAAUUUAUUUCUUUCUUUUUCGUCUUUCUCUCUUUGAUUUUAAUUAUUCUUAUGUCUCUUUCUUCCUCCCUUUCUUUCUUUCUUUUUUUUUCAAUCAUUUUAUUUUAG